AUGUAUCAAAAUAAGCACAGCAUCUUUCUUAUACUACUCUUGGCUUUAAUUAUUCACAAGUAUUAUUGUAAAGAACAAACUUAUAUUCAUAAUCAAGCUAAACCACAACGUUUUCAUGUGGCAGAAUUCAAUUUUGAUCACGUGUCUGAUGUCUAUGCUAUUACGCUAUGGAUUCUGCUGGGCUCGUUGGCAAAAGUUGGUUUUCAUCUCUCACAUCGUUUAACAGAAAAAUUUCCUGAAAGUUGUCUCUUAAUUAUAUUGGGUCUUAUUGUUGGUGCUUUGCUUUAUAUUACUCAUUUAGCUGAACAAAAAGCUUAUGUUUUGAAUAGCGAUACUUUCUUCUUGUUUCUUCUACCGCCAAUUAUUCUCGAAGCUGGCUAUUUCAUGCCUAAUCGCCCUUUCUUCGAUAAUCUUGGUACAAUUCUCCUACUUGCUAUAGUCAAUACUCUUUUCAACACAAUUUGUAUUGGUUUAACAUUAUGGGGUUUUUCCUACACACCGCUCUAUGGUGGAACACAGUUCGGCAUGUUGCCGUGUUUCGUCUUCGCUGCUUUGAUAUCAGCGGUCGAUCCUGUCGCUGUCUUAGCUACAUUCACUGAAAUUCAUGUUAAUGACAUGUUAUAUAUCGUGGUCUUUGGCGAAUCGCUCUUGAACGAUGCUGUGUCUGUCGUUCUGUAUCGCAUGUUCGAUUCCUUUGCUAAAAUUGGUCAAGAAAACUUGAUCGCCCCGGAUAUCAUCUUGGGUUGUUUAUCAUUUUUUGUUGUUUCACUUGGUGGAGUAUUAAUUGGUAUUAUAUUCGGCGUUGUGGCGUGUUUUACUACAAAAUUCACUGAACAUACACCUGUUCUUGAACCAUUAAUUAUUCUUGUCUAUGCUUAUUUGGCUUAUUUAACAUCUGAAAUGGUGUCUGUGUCUGGCAUCCUAGCAAUCACAUUUUGUGGCAUGGUAAUGAAGCAGUAUGUAUCAUUUAACAUUUCGAAGAAAUCCGAUGCGACAACGGAAUACGUUUUGAAAAUGUUAUCAAGUAUUAUGGAAACAAUCAUUUUUAUGUUUAUGGGCUUGUCAACAGUGAGCGAUCAUCAUUCAUGGAAUACUGGUUUCGUGUUGAUUACACUACUUUCAUGUUUACUCUUUCGUGUUAUUGGUAUUGCGAUCUUUGCUAAUCUAGCUAAUUGCUGGCGUUUGCUGGAAUUAACACGUAUUGAUAUGUUGAUUAUGUCGUAUGGUGGUCUACGUGGUGCUAUUGCAUUUGCUCUUGCUCUUAUUCUUGACGAAACAAAAAUACCUAGGAAAAAAGAAUUUGUCACUGCAACGAUCGCCGUCGUUUUCUUCACUGUUUUUGUUCAAGGUAUAACCAUCGGUCCACUUGUGAAAUGUCUUAACGUACGACGAAAACAAAUUGAAGAGCCGACAAUGUCAGCAAAAUUAACUAAUCGAAUGAUGGACCAUGUAAUGACUUGUCUCGAAGAAAUAUCUGGUAGUGGUGGAAGUAAUUCCUUGCGUGACAAAUGUCGAAAUCUUGAUCGAAACUAUUUCAAACGUUGGUUAUUACGCGAAACACCGCAAGAAAAAAUGGACAUUAAAUUAUUGCAAACAUUCAAAAAGAUUAACAUGCAAUCAGCUAUGAAAGUUCACGAUACUUCGAAAGGUCUCGUUCCAGCACCGUCAUCAUCGGCUAUCCAUACGUCCGUAUCAGGAAGUAAUCUACGACCUGAAAGCACAUUUGCAAACUUCUCACAAUUAUUAGCAGCAAAUUUGCCUGAACAAACUGUACCGGAUCUGAUGUUCUUUGAAAGUCAAGGAGCCGAACAAUAUCGUGAUGAUGCACAAAUGCAUCAUUUUCUUGAUACCAACCUGUACCGUGCCAGACCGAGAGCAGCUAUUCAUCUUCGUAGUCAGGAUGAAACAGCCGGUUCUGGUGAAGCAAACAACCGUUUUGAAAAAUCGUAUCAUCAUCGUAAUCACAUAUACAUCCCAUCAAGAAUGGAUAAGGAUCAGGCUCACGGACGGAAGUCUGGUAAAACAAGCAGUAGUGGUAUGACUCGUUCAGGCGCUUCGAAAACUGCAUUAGCAACACAAGCACAUGACAAUGCACAUUCGCCCAGGCAUUCAGCAAGUUCAGUAUCGAAACAACAACAUACGAAAGGAAAAUCAGUCUCACCGAUACCGGACAAAAAGAACCAGGAACAACAAUCGCAACAGCAAUUAGGAAAAACAAGAAGUAAAAGUCCUACGCUUUCAGCAGAUCAACCAUUGAAACCACCAUUGCCGACAAAUGAAGUUCAUCAACCAUCGCCUCCUAUCUCUAUUCGUAUUGAAGAUGAAGAAACUGAUGUUGCAAUGGAUGGAGCUACUGCUGCUGAACGUAUUUGUCCGUGGCGUCGUUCUUCUAUACCCGACGCUUCACGAUCAACAUCUGCAUCACCAGUUAAUGAUCCGUCAAAUGAUGUUCAAGCAUCUUCGAAUGUGACUGAUCCACAUAUACAUCCAGGUCCAUUGACUUCAGCUAGUUUUAGCGGUACUUAUAAUAAGUCACUUGAAUAUAUGGGCGAGUAUGCAACGACAACAAAACCCGAAGAACAUUUACAACGGCCGCAUAUUCGUGAUCUGUUCGCUGAUCCAUCUCGAAUUCCAGAUGAAAAGCAAGAGAAUGAUACUGACACUGUUUCUGAUGACAGUACAACUCAUUUGUGA